CAGUACUCCAGUCACAUUUUUUUCUUUCUGCCUUGUAAUGAAAAAUCCUGCGGCGGCUCUGAAUUUGCGUCUCCGCAGCUGUUCAUCAACGGAGCUACUUCCACUGCUUCUUUUCUGCCUCGUACUCUCCUUAUCAUUUUCAACUCACUCGGUUCGUUCGAAAUCCGACACCAGCAACAGAGAGGAACCAGUUCAAUGGCAAAUUCUUACGAAACACAACUUCUCAUCUCAAAUCCGUCUAAAUCCUCAUAUCCUCCUCAUCGUCACUGUGCCAUGGUCUGGCGAGUCUCGAUCUCUUAUGAAGGAAUUAGCCCACAUUGUCAGUAAAAAGAAAGAAGAAUUUACAACUCUGAAGUUAAUGCUCGUUCAUAGAAAUCAUGAUAAGAUGCUAGCAGAUGCUCUCGGUGCUACAAUGGAAAUAAAUAUCAUAUUUUAUCGCCAUUCUUUGCCAUACAAAUAUCGAGGAACACAUCGGGUUCAGAGCAUAUUAUCAUCUGCUCAUUAUCUUAUGUCACUUUUGCCUGAAGAAAUCCCCCUCAAGUCUUUAUCAACCACAGAGGACCUAACAAGUUUUCUUAAGUCAACAGACAAGGCUUUACUUGUUUUGGAGUUCUGUGGAUGGACACCCAAACUGAUGGCCAAGGUCAUGAAUAACAGAUCUGAAAAUGCUUUUGGUGUUCCUCUUAGGGCAGGUUUAUAUGGAGAAAACAGUGCACCAAGUUCAGCUGAUGGGAUCAAGAAUCAGGGGGAGGGAAAUGAAAAGAUCCCAUGUGAUGAGUUUAGUGGACUUCCUGGGCUUGAUGAAUUUGCUCCUCUGAAUGAGAGUGAUUUCUUGGAGGCUGAGAAAAUGAGAUCCAGUGAUGAAGCUUCCUGUGGCUUUGAGGAGUUCCAGCUGUUUGAGUCUUCCCUAUACAAUUUCACUACUUCUGUUAGAGACUUCUUUCUGCCACCUGAAAGACUAAAGUUUGGUCUAGUCUCUGAGAGAUCACUAAUUUCAUCUUUAGGUGUUGUUGGAGAUACCAGUUCAUGGUUGAUGAUGCUUUACUCUGCUGGAUGUCCUAACUGUGCAAAGGUUUUCAAAGAAGGGAGUGAUUUUAAAAGAAUUAUACAGAAUAAUGAAUCACCUGUUAUGGAGCUCAAAGGUGAUGAGUAUGAUUUUGAUCCUGGUUUACCUUCAGAUAGGCCAUCAGUACUCCUUUUCAUUGACAGAUCAUCUCAUUCCUUGAAGAUCAGAAGUAAAAGCACGGAAUCUCUUACUAUUUUUAGAGAACUCGCUUUGGACAAUCAUACUCCAUCUAAAAUGAAUGCUCAAAACAUUGUCAAUCCUUAUAAACCUUUAUUUGUUUCCCAGCAUCCUAAGCUAAAGAUGUCAACAUCAUCUAAGGUAACUGCACUAAAAGACAAAAUCUAUAUCAUGGCCAUGAAGGAAGGUAAACAUAUUACUUUUGACGAUGUUGCUUCAAAUUUGCAAGGUAGUUCCUUGCAAGAAGUCUUGGCACAAGUUCUUCAGAAGAAAAAAGAAACAAAAUUAAGUUCACUUGCUAAAGAUGUAGGCUUCCAGCUACUCUCUGAUGAUAUUGAUAUCACAAUGUCAGAAACAGAUGUUCAAUCUGAUGAUGAUAAGCUGGAAGAACUGUCUAUUAAAGAUGUGGACUUACCAGGUUUUAACUCUUCUUUUUUCUUUGUCGAUGGACAAUUUCGGUUACUUGAAGGGUUAUCAGGCAUUUUGAAGAUUCCAUCAUUGGUGAUUAUUGAUCCUCUUUCACAUCAACAUUAUGUCUACCCUGAAGAGGCUGAUUUUAGCUAUUCUUCUCUAUCUGCCUUUCUCCACAAGUUUCUGAAUGGAAGUCUUGUACCAUAUCAACGGUCUAAGUCUGUUGUUUCUGACUCUAAGGAGGCCCCACGUCCUCCAUUUGUUAAUCAAGAUUUUCAUGAGGUGGAUUCUAUACCACGUGUCAGUGCUCUUACAUUUAUGGAGUUGGUUGUUGGCAAUGGCAACCACUCUGGUUCUCAUGACAAUGCUUGGAAGAAGGAUGUAUUGGUGCUUUUUACUAGUAGUUGGUGUGGGUUUUGUCUAAGGGCAGAACUUGUGGUUCGUGAGGUAUAUCAGGCAUUCAAGGGUUAUGGCAAUAUUGUAAAAAGUCAAUUCAAGAAUGAGCAAUCCUCAUCAAGAAAUGAUGACAUAAAUAAUACUGUAUUGAAGCUUCCAGUGAUCUAUAUGAUGGAUUGCACAGAAAAUGACUGUAGUUCACUACUCCAGUCAUCAACUAAGAGGGAUCUUUACCCAUCUCUGCUGUUAUAUCCAGCAGAAAGGAAGGAAGCAAUCUCUUAUGAUGGGGAAACCUCAGUAUUUAAUGUCAUCAAGUUUAUUGCUGAUCAAGGUGGUGAUUCUCAUUGGAUUUACAAGGAGCGAGGUAUAUUAUGGACUGAAGCUGAACAGGGAGCAUGGAAUGAGAAACCAUUUAAGGAUCCAUCAGAACCUGUAACAACAUAUGAGGACAUUUCACUCUCAAAGGAAAGCAAUGAGAUUCUACUAAAAGACAGGUCCUAUUCCUAUACACACAAGUCAGACACCAAAAACAACAUCGUACCUCACACACCAUACGACCCCGCUAAAUCUGUACAAGAAAUACUACCUGGUUCCAUACUUGUUGCAACCCAAAAGCUUCAGAGUAUAUAUCCAUUUGCCAAAUCCAAAAUCCUCAUUGUGAAAGUCAACACAACUACCGGAUUUCAAGGUCUGAUCAUCAACAAACAUAUCAGUUGGGACACCAUCACACAACUCGAGGAAGGGUUGGAUUCCCUGAAAGAGGCACCACUAUCUUACGGUGGUCCUGUCAUAGCACGUGAACUCCCACUUGUUUCCUUAACUCGAGAAUCUUCCGGAAAUGAUGAACACCCUGAAGUUCUACCAGACAUCUACUUCCUUGACCAAUGGGCCACAAUCAAUUUAAUACAAAAUCUCAAGUUACACAAUCGCUCCAUGACCGACUACUGGUUUUUUGUGGGGUAUUCAUCAUGGGGGUGGACCCAACUUUUUGAUGAGAUUGCUGAUGGAUCAUGGAAUAUAGUUAGUGGUACAGACCAUAAGUUUGUUUGGCCAAUGACAUGAUAUCCUUUUCAUGGUUAACAUUAGAUGAGCUGUACAUAGGAUUAAGUUAUCCCCAUUAAUCUUUUUUUGCUUCUAAGAUGGUCAACAC